AACUAAUUUGUCGAAUCUUUUAUUUUUAGAAACAACUAAGGCGAUGAAUACUACUGCUCUACUGGACGGGAGAAGCUGGCAUUCUGUCUGCUUUACUCCGCCGAAGCCUGAAGACUGCUAGGGUUUCUCGCCUCCCGCUGUGUGCCUUGGCCAUGGCGAAGCCAAGCCGAGGUCGUCCCUCUCCACCGUCUGGCUCACUUUCGGGCUCGUCCUCUCGCUCGCGCUCUCGAUCUCGUUCUCGUUCCUACUCUGGCUCCGACUCCCGCUCCUCCUCUCGCUCCCGAUCCCGCUCUCGCUCGCUCUCGCGUUCCCGCUCGCGCUCCAAAUCUUUAUCCUCGUCUUCCUCUCCUUCUCGUAGCGCCAGCUCUCGCAGCCGCAGCCCUCCAAAAAAAAGUCCUAUUGCAGCUGGCAAGCGAGGUCGCUCUCCACCACCACAAACUAAAAGAACUACGCCACCCCCAAGGAAAGUUUCACCAGUUGCUGAAUCUCUUACUCUUUGUAUCGAGCAGCUCACCAGGAAUGUGAACGAAGGCCACCUAAGAGAAAUAUUUAGUAAUUUUGGUGAAGUUGUGAACGUAAUGUUGGCAAUGGAUCGGACAGUUAAUCUUCCAAGAGGAUAUGGAUAUGUUGAGUUCAAAACUAGAGUUGAUGCAGACAGGGCUCUGUUAUACAUGGAUGGUGCACAAAUUGAUGGGAAUGUCGUUAAAGCUAAGUUCACAUUGGCUCCAAGGCAGAAGGCUUCAUCACCCACAAAGGUUGCAACUGUUCCAAAGAGAGAUGCUCCCAAGAAUGAUGAAGUUGAAAAGGAUGGACCAAAGCGGCAGAGAGAAUCUUCUCCCCGUCAGAAGGCCCUUUCUCCACCACCACGAAGAAGAUCCCCUGUAGGACAGCGAAGAGGUGGAUCUCCUAGACGACAGCUAGGUUCUCCUCCACGCAGGCGUGCAGAAUCUCCUGUUCGUCGACGAGUAGAUUCUCCUUAUCGCCGUGGUGACACACCUCCCAGAAGGAGGCCUGCAUCUCCAGCCAGGGGUCGUUCUCCUUCCCCACCAAGACGUCGCCGGUCACCUGCAAGGGUCUCCCCUCGAAGGAUGCGCGGUAGUCCUGUACGUAGACGUUCUCCCCUUCCUCCAAGGCGUCGUUCUCCUCCAAGACGAGCUCGCACUCCGCCUAGGAGGUCCCCAGUUAGACGUAGACGAAGCCGCUCUCCUGUUCGUAGGCCUGCUCGAUCACGUUCAAGAACAGCAUCGCCACGGAGAGGUCGAGCACCAGCAGUAAGACGUGGGAGAUCAUCGUCCUAUUCUGAAUCACCUAGUCCGCGGCGGGUAGUCAGAAAGGUGUCAAGAAGUCGAAGUCCUAGAAGGCCUUUAAGAGGAAGAAGCAGUAGCAACAGCAGCAGCAGCAGUUCUCCUCCUCGCAAACCAUAAGCAAUCCGUGAUUUGUGUGACAUUUGGUUCUCUUGUGAAAUUGGUGUAUUGGAAGCUUAUGAAGGAUGGUGUUUAUGAUACAUGUGACUAAUGUAAUGACGUUGUUUUAAAUCUUUUUCCAUCAGAAUGUAACAAGGGUGUGAUGUGCCUGGACCGCACAUUGCGCUAUAUCUUGGGUUUUCUAGUCCUUAAGAUUUGUCAGAAAUUUCAGAAUAUUUAGUUAAUCUUGAAUUUGUAGCCAGCAUUUUCAACUUGUGAUUUGCGUUAAUUUGUUUCGAUGUAAUUCACUACUAGAAAAAGAAAUAUUUUUGCCUUC